UCCAAUCUCCUUGCUAUUAAAGAUACACAUCCCAUGGCAAGAAAUUUUGAUUGUGAGGUGAUCGUACUAGAAAAAGAGGAUGAAGUUACUAGAACUCGUGAUGGCGACCUUAUACAUAGAUUUUUGGUAGCUGAUAAAACAGGUUCUAUCACAUUAAGUGUAUGGGGUGAAAUAGGUGGAUACAUUCAUACCGGAGAUAUAUUACGUAUCAACGGAGGCUGUAAAAUUAAAAGGAUUGGACAAGAUACAUUUCCGUUUAAUGAAAAACCGAAUAUGUCUGAAAAUCUCUAUCAAAAUCAGAUUCCUGGUACUUUCCACAGUGAACAGCAGAGUAAUAAUUUACAGCAACAGUCAGCAAGAAAUGAACCCUAUCAACCG